AUGCGAUCCUGUCUCUCCCUCUCCAAAUUCAAGGCCUUCAAACGCCCCAAACCCACCUACGCAACCAUACUCGACCUCCCCAUGGAGCUCAUCCUACAAAUUAUCGACGAGCUCAACCACGACCCGCUCCCCAUCGCAUGCCUCGCUCUAACAUGCCACGCAUUCGCCAACCUCUUCUCGGACUCCCUCAAGCACCCCUCGCUCCGAUUCCCCGUCCGCACACCUUAUGACUUGCUGGAUGGCUACUACUACAACAAAAAACAGUUUGACCGCCUUUCAAUCACCACGCGCCAGAAGUUCCUCCGUCUCCUCGCACAGGGGAGGAAUAACCCCUGGGCGUACUGCUCGCGCUGCUUGAAACUACACCGCGUGGAGCAUUUCUCGUUUAGGCAAUUGCACCUCCGGUCGGCGAGGUCUCGGUACUGCAGGCUGGGCAGGUACAGUACGGUUGUCGAUGUCUGUCCCGGGGUCGUCGUGAGCUUUCCGGAGAAGAAGGGGCUCAUUGCGGCGGCGAAGAAGCAGGGGACUGUCGAUAUCUGGCGGGAUAAUCCUGCGAGAGAGUACAGGCUUAUACGGAGGUAUAACGUCUAUGUCAAGAUCAGGACCAGGGUAGUGGCCCGAAUCCACGAGGACAAUGAGCUUGUCAUAGCUGUGCGCCAUCAAUGGACGGACUCGAAUGUCUCUGUCGGACGCUUGAGGAACACUCGUUCGGUGGGUUACCAGGUGGUAGCUUAUUUUAUACAUCUCUGUCCGCACAUGUAUGUUGAUGUUGACCAGAUUGAAGAGGCAGUCAAGACGGGUAUCAAUGCAGAGCUUACCAAACAGGGCUGCACGCGUUGCAAAACUGGUUUCAAGGCCGAGAGGAAGGGGUCGACGUACUGGGUGGACAUUAGCUUGUACCUGGGGACUGGCGACCACGAGCUACCAGACCAGUCAUGGCUGGACCAUUCCAACAGCUACUAUUACCGCUAUUUGGGAUCCAACAUCUAA